GUUCGGGACGGUGCGGCUUGCUAGUGACCUCAGGAAGCCGGCGGCGGGAAGCCAUGCCGUCGCGGGUGGAGGACUAUGAAGUGCUCUACACCAUCGGCACCGGUUCCUACGGCCGCUGCCAGAAGAUCCGGAGGAAGAGCGACGGCAAGAUACUAGUCUGGAAAGAGCUUGAUUAUGGCUCCAUGACAGAAGCCGAGAAACAGAUGCUUGUUUCUGAAGUGAAUUUGCUUCGUGAACUGAAACAUCCAAACAUUGUUCGUUACUAUGAUCGAAUUAUUGACCGAACCAACACAACCCUGUACAUUGUAAUGGAAUAUUGUGAAGGAGGGGACCUGGCAAGUGUGAUUACUAAAGGAACCAAGGAAAGGCAGUACUUAGAGGAAGAGUUUGUUCUUCGAGUGAUGACUCAGUUGACACUGGCUCUGAAGGAGUGUCAUCGACGAAGUGAUGGCGGCCAUACCGUGCUGCAUCGGGAUCUGAAACCAGCCAAUGUCUUCCUGGAUGGCAAGCAGAAUGUCAAGCUUGGAGACUUUGGGCUAGCGAGGAUAUUAAAUCAUGAUACAAGUUUUGCAAAAACGUUUGUCGGCACGCCUUACUACAUGUCUCCUGGGGAGAUUCUGUUACACAAUGGGACGGUCACUCUGAGUAUUCUCCCUCAGGAUUACCAUCGACCUUCCGUGGAAGACAUUCUUGAGAACCCUUUGAUAGUGGACUUGGUUGCAGAAGAGCAAAGAAAAAAUCUUGAGAGGAGAGGGCGACGAUUAGGAGAGCCUGAAAAGUUGCAGGAUUCCAGCCCGGUAUUGAGUGAAUUGAAGCUAAAGGAAAUGCAGUUACAGGAGCGAGAGCGAGCCCUCAAAGCCCGUGAGGAAAGGCUGGAGCAGAAGGAACAUGAACUUUGCAUCCGAGAGAGACUAGCUGAAGACAAACUGGCCCGAGCAGAAAGCCUGGUGAAGAACUACAGCUUGCUGAAGGAGCAGAAGUUCCCGUCUCUGGCAAGCAGUCCAGAGCUGCUUGAUCUUCCAUCCUCAGUAAUGAAGAAGAAGGUUCAUUUCGGUGGGGAAAGUAAGGAGAACAUGAGGAGUGAGGCGUCGGAGAGUCAGCUCACCUCCAAGUCCAAGUGCAGGGACCUGAAGAAGCGGCUCCAUGCUGCUCAGCUGCGGGCCCAAGCCCUGUCAGAUAUUGAGAAAACCUACCAGCUGAAAAGCAGACAGAUCCUGGGCAUGCGCUAGCCCAGCACCAAGCCCGGAGCCCGGUAUGGGCUUACUAUCGCCAACCCUUUAUAAAGAUUCAUAUUUAACUGCUCUAGCUUUAUAUUCUGUGAGCCACGCCCCUUUUACCUAGCCAGUGACAUUUUGGAAUGGCUUUUACUCUUUUCAGUGACAGCUGUACAAGAUGUUCACAUCAUUAAUUUCUCUCUCUUUCUCUCUCUCUCUCUCUCAGAGUGAUAUUGUCUUGGGUGGUUGGGCUUUUAAUCCUGUGAUUACUAAUAGGAAUGACAUACAUUCUAGAUCUAAGAGGUAAAUAAUGUUUGAAGAAGAAAACACCCAUGCACAGCACUUGCUUAGAUGUUUGAAAUGACUGAGUGGGAUGCUGUCAGCUGUUGUGUCCAGUUGUCAAUUGCAUGUCUGAUUUCAAAUGUGCUUGAACAUAGAAAACCUUCACUGGAUAUAAAAUGGUCACAAGUACCAAGACAUCUUGUGUAUACAUAUUCCAUUGUAGGACAUAUCUGUUGCCUUUCUGGAAUUUUAUUACUGUGAUGUCCAUAUUCUUCCUUUUUAAUUCUAUUUAAUAGUAUAUGAACUUGCUGUCAUUAACCUCUUUCCCAACAAAUAAAAAAAUCCUUUAGUUUUCCUA